CACCAGCGGCGCGAGCUGGGAGAGAGCGGACAGGGAGCCCCGCUGCUGCCACCUCAACAUGGAGUAGCGACACCACAGCGUCUACUGCUACGAAGCGGAUCCCGUGGAGAGGAGUGCGCGACGGCCUCUGUUCAGUUUACCCGCCGGAGAGCCCGCAAAUGAUACAGCGGCUAACGGUUGUUUUUUUUUUAAAGCGCAAAGGAAAGCUCGGCUUUUAUUUGAAAGAUGGCGAACGACUCACCAGCUAAAAGUCUAGUAGACAUAGACUUGGCUUCAUUGCGGGAUCCAGCUGGGAUAUUUGAAUUGGUGGAGGUAGUUGGAAAUGGCACCUAUGGACAAGUAUACAAGGGACGACACGUCAAGACUGGACAGCUGGCUGCCAUCAAGGUCAUGGACGUCACGGAGGAUGAAGAGGAGGAAAUUAAACUGGAGAUCAAUAUGCUGAAGAAGUAUUCCCACCACAGAAACAUAGCCACCUACUAUGGUGCUUUCAUUAAAAAGAGCCCCCCGGGGCACGAUGACCAGCUAUGGUUGGUGAUGGAGUUCUGUGGAGCUGGUUCGAUUACAGACCUGGUGAAGAACACCAAGGGGAACCAGCUGAAGGAAGACUGGAUCGCCUACAUCUCCAGAGAGAUCCUCAGAGGUCUGGCCCACUUACAUGCCCACCACGUCAUCCACCGUGACAUCAAGGGCCAGAAUGUCUUGCUGACUGAGAAUGCUGAAGUCAAACUAGUGGACUUUGGUGUGAGUGCUCAGCUGGAUCGGACAGUGGGGAGGAGAAACACCUUUAUUGGGACUCCCUAUUGGAUGGCCCCUGAGGUCAUUGCUUGUGACGAGAACCCAGACGCUACAUACGAUUACAGAAGUGAUCUGUGGUCUUGUGGUAUCACAGCUAUUGAAAUGGCUGAAGGAGCACCACCACUUUGUGACAUGCACCCCAUGCGGGCGCUCUUCCUCAUUCCAAGAAACCCUCCUCCUAGGCUCAAAUCUAAAAAAUGGUCCAAAAAGUUUUUCAGUUUCAUCGAGAGCUGUCUGGUGAAGAACUACACGCAGCGCCCCCCAACAGAGCAGCUGCUGAAGCACCCCUUCAUCCGAGACCAGCCCAACGAGAGGCAAGUCCGUAUACAGCUCAAAGACCACAUCGACCGGACCAAGAAGAAGAGGGGAGAAAAGGAUGAGACAGAGUAUGAGUACAGUGGCAGCGAGGAGGAGGAAGAGGAUCCCCCAGAGCAGGAGGGAGAACCCAGCUCCAUUGUCAAUGUGCCAGGCGAGUCAACUCUGCGCCGCGACUUCAUCCGCCUGCAACAGGAGAACAAGGAGCGGUCAGAGGCACUUCGCCGCCAGCAGCUCCUCCAGGAGCAGCAGCUCCGGGAGCAAGAGGAGUACAAGCGCCAACUACUGGCGGAGAGGCAGAAACGCAUUGAGCAGCAGAAGGAGCAGAGGAGGCGGCUGGAAGAGCAACAGCGACGCGAACGAGAGAUGAGGAGGCAACAGGAGCGUGAGCAGCGUCGCCGUGAGCAAGAGGAGAAGAGACGUAUUGAAGAGAUGGAUCGUAGACGUAAAGAGGAGGAGGAGCGCCGGCGGGCCGAGGAUGAGAAGAGAAGGAACGAUCGUGAACAGGAGUACAUCAGACGUCAGCUGGAGGAGGAGCAGAGACACCUGGAGAUGCUGCAGGAGCAGCUCCUCCGUGAACAGGCCAUGCUGCUGGAGUUCAAGUGGCGGGAGCUCGAGGAGCAGCGCAAGGCCGAGAGACUCCAUAAGCGCCUGCAGCAGGAGCAGGCCUACCUGCUGUCGCUCCAGCACGAAUCCAAACAGCAGCCUGGCGACAAGACCAAACUCCCCUCAGACCAUAGCAAACCUCCACAGACCUCCACCCUGCCCCCUGACAGAGCCCCUACGACAGCCCCACAAGCUCAGGUCCUUGACAGUGGUGUUUCUGUAGCGAGAGGUGCUCAGGAAUCCUCCAGAGCCCCUCAGACGAUCCCCCCAGACAGCAGUAAGUCCCAGGCAGCAGUGCCAGAAAAGCCUGACACUGUUGAGACCUCGCCCAGCCAGCUCGCACACUCCCCCAGCCCGAGCCCCAGCCCCCCUCAGACUGAAACCCCAACUGACUCUAAACCUCCCCAGGCAGAAAGUUUGGAGCCCGAUAGGCCUGCCGAGCGUGUCGGUCAUCCUCCUCAGCCUGUCAGAGAGGCCGACGAGCGGUACCGUAAGAACAUUCAGGGCUCCCCUCAGACUGCCCCUCCUCCAAAGCAGCCCCCUCUGCCUCCCCGCUCCUCUGAACCGUUUUCCAACGGUGGCUCCUCCUCCGAGGUUUCUGCCAUGCACCGGCCCAUGGAGCCUCAGGUCCAGUGGUCCCACCUGGCUGCUCUAAAAAGCAGCAACAGCGCAGCCCCCUCUCCUCCUCCUCCGCCCGUUGUCUCUCGCUCCCAGUCCUUCAGCGAGUCCGGCGGCGUGACCUCUAGCUUUGCACAACUCCACCUGCGUUCCCAGGACCCCCACCAUCACCACCACCACCACCAACCAUCGCCUGCACGCACUGACCCCCAGCCCCAACCUCCCCUCCUCCACCACCCUCAGGCCCAGACUAGGGCCGAACACCAGUCCAGCAGCGAGGAGGUGCCUCCCAAGGUUCCAGUGAGGACAACAUCCCGGUCUCCAGUACUGUCGCGUCGAGAAUCCCCUCUGCCAUCACAGCCCGGCAACCAGGGCGGACAGAGGAACGCUGGCGCUAAUGUGGAGCAGCGCCCGCUGUGGGACCGAGUGGAGAAGCUGCAGCCUCGGCCAGGCAGCGGCAGCUCCUCCGGCUCCUCCAACUCCAGCUCCCAGGCCAGUUCUGGGGACCGCUUCAGGCCACGCUGUGAGUCCCCUGCUUCCUCCAAAUCUGAAGGAUCGCCUCUCCAGCGGCCUGAAAAUGUUCCCAAAAAACAAGAUGAAAAGAACCUCGCCAGGCCUACUCGACCAGCUGGUGAUGUGGACCUGACUGCUCUGGCCAAGGAGCUCCGUGCAGUAGACGAUGUGCGGCCUCCCCACAAGGUCACUGACUACUCCUCCUCAAGCGAGGAGUCAGGCACCACCGACGAGGAUGACGACGAGGAGGUGGACCAGGAGGCGGGAGAGGAGUCCACUUCAGGAGCGGAGGACUCCAGAGCUGGAUAUUCCCAUGGCUUCUGCAGGAGGCUGAGUAACGGGGAGACGGAGUCCGCUAAGACCAUGCUGGUUGAAGACUCGGAGAGCGACCAAGCCAUCACGCCCUCCAAGGAUGGCACGCUGGUCAUCAGACAGAGCACCGUUGACAUUAAGCGGUUGGUCAAUCUCUCAUCUUGCUCCUCUUCCUCGGCCGGCUCUGGUCACGGUAACGGCCAGCCCCAUACCCCCAGCCACGUCCUCCCAGAGAAAAAUGGCUUUGCCGGCCGCAUACACCACCUACCAGACCUUAUCCAGCAGAGCCAUCAUUCCCCUUCCUCUUCCACAACCAUCCCUUCCUCCUCCUCUUCCUCCUCCUCUUCCUCCUUCCCCUCAUCAUCUAGCCAUGCCAGUCCUGCCAUGUCCCCACAGAACCCCCUGGACAAGCUCACUGCCAUAGAGUCCCAGUCAGAGAGCAACUCCAUGUCCAAACACAAGUCUUCCUCUUCCUUCACUCCCUUCAUCGACCCACGCCUUCUCCAGAUUUCUCCAUCCAGCGGCAGCUCCCUCAACAACAUGGCUGGAUUUGGGCAGGACGGACGGCUGGUGGACCCGCUCAGGUCCGACCCUUCCCGUAAAGGCUCGGUGGUCAAUGUCAACCCAGUCAACACGCGCCCGCCAAGCGACACACCAGAGAUUCGCAAGUACAAGAAGAGGUUCAACUCUGAGAUCCUGUGUGCUGCCCUCUGGGGGGUAAACCUGCUGGUGGGGACGGAGAGCGGUCUGAUGCUGCUGGACCGAAGCGGUCAGGGGAAGGUCUACCCCCUGAUCAACCGACGACGAAUCCAACAGAUGGAUGUCCUGGAGGGACUCAAUGUCCUGGUCACCAUAUCAGGUAAAAAGAACAAGCUGCGAGUGUAUUACCUGUCGUGGCUCAGAAACAAGAUUUUGCACAACGACCCCGAGGUGGAGAAGAAGCAGGGCUGGGUCAAUGUGGGCGACCUGGAGGGCUGCGUCCACUACAAAGUCGUGAAGUAUGAGAGGAUUAAGUUCUUGGUGCUGGCCUUGAAGAAUUCUGUGGAGGUGUAUGCCUGGGCACCCAAACCCUACCACAAGUUCAUGGCGUUCAAGUCUUUUGGUGACCUGGUGCACAAGCCUCUGCUGGUUGACCUGACGGUGGAGGAGGGUCAGAGGUUAAAGGUCAUCUACGGCUCUUGCUCAGGCUUCCACGCUGUGGAUGUGGACUCCGGUGCUGUCUACGACAUCUACCUGCCCACGCAUAUCCAGACCAGCAUUCAGUGCCAUGCCAUCAUCAUCUUGCCCAACACGGAUGGGAUCGAGCUGCUGGUGUGUUACGAGGACGAGGGCGUCUACGUCAACACCUACGGACGCAUCACCAAGGAUGUGGUGCUGCAGUGGGGAGAAAUGCCAACUUCAGUGGCCUACAUUAGGUCAAACCAGAUCAUGGGCUGGGGUGAGAAGGCCAUAGAGAUCCGCUCUGUGGAGACGGGACACCUGGAUGGCGUCUUCAUGCACAAGAGAGCCCAGAGACUCAAGUUCCUUUGUGAGAGGAAUGACAAGGUCUUCUUCGCCUCAGUGCGCCCCGGAGGUGCCAGCCAGGUGUACUUCAUGACCCUGGGGCGCACCUCCCUCAUGAGCUGGUAGUUGCGAUCCCACAACACCAGCCAGCACGAUGACCAUACCCAAGCGGCGACCAACAGACGACGAUUGUGACUAUGACCGAUGGCGACGAAGAAGAGAACAGCCUUGAGCCUGAGCUGGAGAAGCGCCCCUGUGGAGGGGACUGGCUUGUUCUCACCUGCUCGGGCAAACAAACAACGGACUGGACUGUAAUCAUGAAAAGAGGCGCAGGACGGGGGUGUGUGUGUUUAGGGGCGGGGAGAUGGGUUCUGUUUGUGUGCGCUGAGUCCACAAGUCCACUGAGUGUACUAGUAAACUACAUUACAGCAGAAACCCCCACGAGCCUUCUUGCCAAACCUUCGAGCUGAACCCACUCCUCCUCUUCCUCUGCGGGAAGUAGGAUCUGUUGCCUGUUGAUGGUAAAUCUUUGUGUGUCAUAGUGUUUGCAUCGUGUAUGUGUGUGAAUGGAGGAAACACUGAGCAUGUGAAUGACUGACAAAGUGUUUGUCUGAAGAGACGAUAAGAGGCUAAACGCAACUGUCGCUGUAUUGACGAAGGCGAAUACUGUACGUGCCACACCUUGAGUUUAGCUGUUUGUGGCUGUGUUUAGUCCAGGUCCUGUUCGAGUAAAAUGAACUCUUAUUCCCUCCAUGAUAGAUUUCCACGUCAAGCAUGUCAUUAAACACUCUAGUUCACAGUCACAGUUUUACUCCCAUAAACAGUGCUUGACUUGUAAA